AUGUCGUUGUCAGUACAGAUGCAGAUUCGUCGCAACGCGGAGGAGUUGCGAGCCUAUUUGGCGGACUUACAAGAUUGGGAAGGAAGCUUUGCUGAAAGGGAACAGCCUCACAACCCAACCGAAAUUGAACAAGAACAGAGGAAAGCCCAGCCAGCGGAGGAUGACAAACGGCAAGAACCUCUACUGCAGCAGCAAAGCCAAGAUAAACAGCAGCAGCAACUGACUAGCCCGCAGCAGGAAGGGGGUCAUGUGUCUGCGGGUGCCUCGCAAUUGCAAGUGUCUCCCUCUGCAGAAACGGACAGGAGAAAGUUUGCGCGCGAUUUAAAUACUCUUUCAGAUUACUAUAAGGCAUGGGAUUCCUUUGACGCCGAUGCCGAUACAGAAAAGGAAGAGGACACCAUACAACGAAGAAAUCGAGCACUGGCGAAAAAGAAAACAUUUCACCCUGCUGCUCGUGGGAACCAGCCUAGUCGGCGGUCGACCAAAAUGUGUAUCUUGGGGGCAUUGCCGGGAGCAGAAAUAGAGGAACUGGAGGGCUUGCAGAGAAUAAAGACGGAAGCAAAUGAAGCAUUCAGAGGUGGAAGACUCGACGAUGCGCUCAUCGGAUACACCCGCGGCAUCCAAGAAGCAGAAAUACACCUUCACAACCGCACUACUGCUGCUGCUGUUGCUGAGACUGAUACCAAAUCAACGGGGGCAGCAGCAGCAGGAGUAGCAGAAGGGGCUUUUGAGCAGUUGGUAGGGCAGCUGUACGGGAACAGGGCAGCAGUAUUCUUUCAGCAGCACAAGUACAAAGAGUGCGUCAAAGACUGUACAAUCGCCCUUCAGUGGGCUCCCCUUAACCCGAAGAUCCUCCACCGCAGGGGUUUGGCCUGGUCAGCCCAGAAAGAAACAGAUAAAGCUAUUGUCGAUCUCAGAAGAGCACUGCGGCUCCUACAGCAGCAACAUCAACAAGAACAGCAGCAGCAACUAGCGCAGCAGUACAAGCAACAACCUGAACAGCAACAAACGCAACAAGAGCAGCAGGACCAAGAACCCGAAAAGCAGCAGCAACAACAAGUGGCGGGCGUUGUUUCAUGUUCUCUAUCUGCUGCUGCGUCUUCUCGUGAGUCUUUGAUGACGAGGAUAGAGACCGAAAUUGAGCGAAUUGAAGCCAAAGUAGCACAACAAAUGCAGGAGGAGCAGCAAAGAAGAAAGUCAGCUCUGCUGAUGCCCCUCUACGAGAACAGCAGCCGCUUCCCCUCCGAGCCGCUGCGGCCUCUCACCGUCGUUGCUGCUGCAGCUCGCUGUAACAGACAAGCACUAGUUUAA